GGCACAUGCACAGUCAACACACACAAGUCUGGUAACCUGUGAUGAAGGUGAAGAUGAUGAUGACGAUGAAGCUCACAUCUCAAGUUCUCCAGUGAUAUGUUCAGUGGGCGGGCCGUUCUUGGGGAGGACAGCUCGGUCAUGGCCCGCAUGCAGAAGAAGUUCUGGAAGACCAAGCAGGUUCUGAUCAAAGUCACGGGGAAGAAGGAGGAUGAAUUAUGUGGUGGCUUCAGACGCCGAUCUAGAUGCCAAACUAGAGGCGCCAGCCCAUCCGCUUUGAGCGCACAACUGAUGAUCUUGAACACGCCCAGCAUCCUGAAUCAGCCUCGGCGUCAGAAGUCACUUCGAGUCGGAGAAGUAAACUCCGAGUCUAGCUAGGCACCUUCACUGUAAUAAGAAACCUGAAGCCGCUUUGGCUUCAUCUUCUCAUCAGCACUCGGAGGAGGAACCUGUCAGCAUUGUCUAGGAAACUAGCAGAGAGAAGCCUGCCUUUCAGAUUAUGGAUGGAUAUGGGUUCUCCAGUGAUAUGUUCAGUGGGCGGGCCGUUCUUGGGGAGGACAGCUCGGUCAUGGCCCGCAUGCAGAAGAAGUUCUGGAAGACCAAGCAGGUUCUGAUCAAAGCCACAGGGAAGAAGGAGGAUGAGUAUGUGGUGGCUUCAGACGCCGAUCUAGAUGCCAAACUAGAGUUCUUUCGCUCGGUGCAGAGCACAUGCACAGAGCUGCUGAAGGUGAUUGAGAAAUACCAACAACGAAUCACACAUCUGUCCCAGGAGGAGAAUGAGUUGGGCCUGUUCCUGCGUUUCCAGGCAGAGCAUGACAAAACCAAAGCGGGCAAUAUGAUGGACGCCACCAGCAAGGCCCUCUGCGCCUCAGCCAAGAAGAGGAUGGCCCUGUGUCCCCCUCUCCACCGGAUGGAGCAGGAAGUGGAGACGUUCCGGCGGCGUGCCAUUGCCGACACACUGCUGACGGUGAGCCGCAUGGAGAAGUCCCGCACGGAAUACCGCGGAGCGCUGCUCUGGAUGAAGGACGUCUCGCAGGAGCUGGAUCCCGACACCUACAAGCAGCUGGAGAAGUUCCGCAAGGUUCAAGCACAGGUCAGAACGACGAAGGUGCAGUUUGACAAGCUGAAGAACGACGUGUGUCAGAAGGUGGACAUGUUAGGAGCCAGCCGCUGCAACAUGCUCUCCCACUCACUCUGCACCUACCAGACUACACUCCUGCAAUACUGGGAGAAGACUGCCCACAUGAUGUCUGCCAUCCACGAGGCCUUUAAGGGAUAUGUUCCCUACCAGUUUACCACAAUAAAGGAGUUGAGGGACCCUAUGGACCAGUUAGCAGAGGCUCAAGCAGAGCAGGACAACAAGGAGAAGGCUAUGCAGACACAAACAAACAAUCUGGUGUCUCUGGAGGAAGAGAAUCCUGGACAGAUGGCACCUGACAAUGUCUCCACCCUUGCGUUGGAUGGACAGAGUCGGGACAGUGAUAGCUCCCUAUGCGCCAGCCUGGACGCUGCCCUGUUUGAGCUCUCUGGCCCCUUUAGCCCUACCAACACAGAUGACGACUUUUUGCUCAUGACCCCUGACCUCCCCCUUACUCCGACCCCAGAUGCCACACUCACCCCCACCCUGCCCACACGACUCCCACCGCCGUCCGCUGGUGCUUCAUGGGGGUUUAGCCCUCCUCCAGGGGAACAGCUGGAGGCCUCCCCCAGCUCCCAGCUCCCUCACUGGGGUAUGAGAGACCUGCUGUUCGACCUGCCCCAGCAGCCGUUUUCUGGACUCUCCGUCGGACCAGCGGGAGGUGCUGGACAGGCGGAGGAGCAGGACGACGAGGCUGACCGCGGAGACCUGUCCUUCCUCCGCGACUUGCUCAGCCCCGGCGGCGCCUCCGCCAGCGACGAGUUCAGCCGCGAGUGGCAGGACGCCUUUGGCUCCUUCGAGUCGCCUCCCACCUCCCUCCCCACGGGUCCCUCGUCCUCCCAGCAGCCCCAGGGAGGUGUGGUCAGUGGGGCGGCCCCCUCCUCACCCUCCCAGCCCCCCAGCCCCACCGGCUUCCUCCCCUCCCAGCUCCUGGACCACAGCCUCAGCGCCACAGGUCGGUGGGCCAGAGGAGUCAAGGGUUCAGGGUCUUAUGAUACAUGGGGCUGGGCCACUCCACCCAUGUUCCAGGCGGCUCCCCUACAGGCUCCGUCUGCUGCCGGCCUGGCCACGGCCCCCCAAAGCAGCCCCCGAGCCUCAGUCAGCGCUCCAAAAGGUGGUGCACGGGACAUGUCGGCCUGGUUCAACCUCUUUGCUGAUCUGGACCCACUGUCAAACCCUGACGCCAUUGGACGGUCUGAUGAAGAACUCCUCAAUGCUUGAGUCGUAGAUGUGAGAGGAGUUCCUGUGGCGUCGUGGAGUUGGAGCUGCUGCUGUCUGAGCCUGAGUGAGAGUGAAGAAAAGCUACGCCCUGUGCAGUCCCACGAGUGUGUUUGUGCACGUCACAGCUGGAGAUGCAUCACUGCUGUUCACCCGCUGCCCACCUGAAUAAAAACAUUCUGAAUGUUCUGGAGGGGCUGCUGGUGGACAUUCAGGCUGUGGGUGGACCACAAACAACAACAACAACAACAGCAUCAAAAAAACACAUCAUGAAUGUCAUGAGUCUGGAGGUCUCCAAACCACUCUGGGCUAAAUCUCUUAGUUUCUCUCUCUCUCUCUCUCUCUCUCUCUCUCUCUCUCUCUCUCUCUCUCUCUCUCUCUCUCUCUCUCUGAAACACACAUACAAAACACACAAUACGCAUAAAAAACCCCAUUCUCUGUCCUUUUUAUCUGUUGCCAAGUGUGUGUGUGUGUGUGUGUGUGUGUGUGUGUGUGUGUGUGUGUGUGUGUGUGUGUGUGUGUGUGUGUGUGUGUGUGUGCGCGUGUGCCCCUAUGUAUUCUCCAAACUCUAAUGGAAACAGACUAUUUAUCACUAAUGAAAUUAAAAUAUAUUUAUUCCUUGUUACAUACAGAUAACUAGAUGUAGAAAAAAAAACAUACAAUCUAUGUUUUGUAUGAGCAGCACAUUUUUGAUGAGGCGUGGAAGGUAUUGGGUGCUAAACCUCUCACUGGAGACGGAUUGAGAAUCCUUACAAGGGACUGGUUUGCAUGUAUUUAUAUGGCUCUGUGGUCUGCGAUAUAUUGCGUUUUCACUCUGCCCUGAAACGGGGCAAGGAGAAGGAUGUAUUUUUAGAGAUAUGCAAGUGCGCUGAUGUGAGUGCAGUGAAACACAUUUAUUUCUGUCCUCAGAAACAUAUUCUUAUUAUAAUAGCCCCUCAGUACUAAGAGACACUAAUCAUCAGCUGCCGUCGAAUCGCUAGUCAUUACUGCUAGUUGGAGAGAGGGCAUUAGAACGCAUUUGUGUAGAGUAUCUUCUGAAGUAUAUCCAAAGCAAAACUGAAACUGUCCUGUGCCAUCACAGUCUGUUAGUGAUCUCUGGCUGUGUGGAAGCUUUAUUUAGAAACUCCUCUCCAAACUCAGUCACAUCCCAUUGCUAGAUCACAUGGAAACGUUACUAGUCUUACAGAGGGAGCUGGUUUUGUUAUACCAAGGGAAUGGAAUAUGCAAUACCUUUAGUGAGAUUAUGUUAAUAGCCAUUAUCGGUCAUUAUCGGUCACCACCUGUCUAGAGCAUAAGAGAGGAGUAAAUCUGAGCUAGACUUUUACUCUACUGUGUCUGUGGGAGUUGAUGGACAGGCAGUUGCCUAAGAGAAUCGUUCACCUGAAGGAGUUGUUGAAUGAAGGCUUGUACAGGUCACCGGAUGAAAUCGUUUUUUUCCCCGCCUCACAUGAGUCUGGACUUGGAUCAGUUAUCUACAUUUGCUGAGCACUAACUGAAUGCUCACCUUUAUUGCAGCUACAGGUAAUUUUGUACAUAUACAGUAAGUUUCCAUAGAAAUGUUCAGUGGCCCAGUCGCACCACUAGAUGAAUGAUUUCACAUACUACUGAAUGGUGUUCUACUGUGCAGAACAGAAUGUCUCUGGCUAAAGGACAUUGGAGGGGAGGUGUUGUAUGCAGGGACUGGACAGGAAGCUUUUUGGGUCAAAACCGCUGUUUAGUCGUGUUUUUGGGACAUCACUGUCUCUGCAUUCUGGACUUGAUAUCAUCUCAUUUUCUGAACUAUUUUUCCGUUUUGUAUGGGAUGUUGUUCAUACAGAACACAUUUUCUAGCACCAGGCUUGAUUGUUUGGGUAAUGGUAACUUUGCUUUUGUUUUGUUGUUUUUUUUCCUUUAAUUCCAGACACUGAAAGAAUGUAUUCUGCACCAAUCAUAAUGCUUGAUUCUUUGAUUUUAAUAUUACUAUGCCUUUUCUGUAUAACAAAAAAAGAUGCAAUGUCAAAAUGUGGUUGGAUGAGAACUGGACAAUGUGAGUCAGGGUGUUUGAUAUCUAAUAAACUAUGUAAUGUUUGAGUAA